GGGCGGGGCAGCGCGGCGGCCGGAAGUGGCGGCGGGCUACACCGGCGUGAGGGGUCCGUGCCGCCGCCAUGGCGGAGCGCAUCGAGCAGCGGCUGGAGGACCGCAUCCCGGAGCUGGAGCAGCUGGAGCGGGUAGGGCUGUUCACGCGUCGGGAGAUCAGGGCCGUCCUGAGGAAAGCCUCGGCUCUGGAGUACAAAAUACAGCGGAGAGCGCUUCGGAAGGAGGAUUUCAUCAACUAUAUUCAGUAUGAAAUUAAUCUGCUGGAACUGAUCAAGAAGAGAAGAGCACGCAUUGGAUAUUCAUUCAAGAAGGAUGAAAUUGAGAACUCUAUUCUGCAUAGAGUCCAUUGCCUCUUCAACCGUGCUACAGGAAAAUGGAAAGAAGAUGUCCAGCUUUGGCUUUCACAUGUUGCAUUUUGCAAGCAGUGGAAUGCAAAACAUCAGCUUAGUAAGGUGUUUUCUUCCAUGUUGGCCAUUCAUCCCAAUAAACCAGCACUGUGGAUUAUGGCAGCGAAAUGGGAAAUGGAGACACAACUCUCAUCAGAAAGUGCUAGGCACUUGUUUCUUCGCGCUUUGCGCUUCCAUCCAGAGUGCCCAAAACUUUAUCAAGAAUAUUUCAGAAUGGAGCUGAUGCAUGCUGAAAAACAGAGGAAGGAAAAGAAAGAAUUUGAACGAGCAAAGAUGGACUUGGGGGAAUUCAAUUAUUCUGAAGAGAUUCUUAAUGGGGAAAUGGCUCGCAUAAUCUACAGAGAUGCUGCUCAGAAAAUUAAAGGUGUUGAAUUCCAUCUGGCUGUACUUUCUAUUGCAAAGCUCUUUGAUUUUACUGAAGAUUUGCAAAAAGAAAUUCUUGAAAGUUUGCAGACCAAGUAUGCUGAUGAUCCUCUUACAUGGGAUUACAUGGCCCGUCGUGAGCUGGAGCUGGGGUCCCUGAAGUCCACAAAACACACCACAAAACAGAUGAAAGUAUCUGAAAUGGCCCGGAGAGAGGAACGGUGCUGUGCAGUCUUUGAAGAGGCUGUGAGAGCAGUCCCAACAGAGGACAUGUGGAAAUGCUACAUCACCUUUUGCUUAGAGAGAUACAACAGGAAAACCAACAGUGAAGAAUUAAAGCAAAAGAGGCUGGAGAGGACACUUAGUGUGUUCAACAAAACCCAUGAAUCCAGUUUGCUGCCAGAAGCUCUCUAUAAACAGUGGCUUCAACUGUUACUGGAGUCCAACCUCCCUGAGGAGGCUACGGAGCUGGCAGAAGCUGCAACUGAGCGCUUCCGCCUGUCAGUGGAAACAUGGCAGAUGAGGCUGCAGGUGCUGAUCCAACUGAAGAGUGAUGAUGUGACCCAGUGUUUUGAAGAAGCGCUUAAGCACGUCAAAUCUAAGGGCAGUUUGCCAUUGUGGAUCCUCUGGGUGGAAUGGAGUGAAGGCACAAACAGCAAGGAAGACACAGAAGCUCUCUACCAGAGAUCCUUACAUGCCACAACUCCUGCUGAAUCUGUGACUAUGAAAGAAAUGUAUCUUGACUGGACUUACAGAAAUGGCGGUUAUAAGAAAGUUAAGAGAGCCUUUACCAGGCUGUGUGAAAAUCGUCCAUUUUCACUUGACUUCUUCAGGAAGAUGAUCCAAAUAGAAAAGGAGCAAGAAUCCUGCAAAAUGCUUCAUUUGAGAGAAUACUAUGAACGUGCCUUGAGAGAGUUUGGUUCAACAGAUUCUGAUCUCUGGCUGGAUUAUAUCAAAGAGGAGCUAAGUCAUCCCCAAGGCAAACCAGAAAACUGUGGGAACAUUCACUGGAGAGCUAUGAAGAUGUUACAGGGAGACUUGGUGGAAGACUUUGUUUCCAAAUACACUUUAUUGCAAACAGGACAUUUAUGAAAAACUAUAGUUACAACAUGACUGUGCUUUUUUUUUUUCAUUCCUCUGUGCAAAGGUAAAUAAGUUUCUGGGUCUUAUUAAAGUCUGCCGCCUUUACAUUCAUGUAUAUGUGGAAAAAAAGAAUAAUCUACCCUA